CUCUGUCCGGUCGCGUCGAGUGUGCGUGCGUUGCGUGUUUGCGUGUGGUCACAGUUCCCGCCAUCAGCCACUCUCCCGGACUUGGGGCAGCGAGCUGUUACCUCUUCUCUUCGGGUUCGGCGUCCCUGCCUUCCUUCCCCUCCGUCCUUCGCCCUCCGCGCGGACUCCGGCGCGGGCUCCGGACUCGCAGGCAGAGGCACACUUUAUUUCCUUUAGCUGAGGUGAUGGCUUCCGAAGAACUGGGGUAGCUGCAGAAUAUGAGUAGUUCCCUUAGAAGAUUGCAUUGCCUUUGGCACAAGCAUCAGAAUAAAGGUGAAUUGUUUUGACAUAUGGUUUUUCAGUAAAAGUCACUGAAAAAAUCUGUCGGGUGAAGUUGUAUUUUUGUUUUAUAAUUUUGCUAGAAGCAAUUUAUUUUUAAAGAAAAUAUGUCUCCUCUGAAGAUAUAUGGUCCUAUCAGAAUUCGAAGUAUGCAGACUGGGAUUACAAAAUGGAAAGAAGGAUCCUUUGAAAUUGUAGAAAAAGAUAAUAAAGUCAGCCUAGUCGUUCACUACAACACUGGAGGAAUUCCAAGGAUAUUUCAGCUGAGUCAUAACAUUAAAAAUGUGGUGCUUCGACCCAGUGGAGCAAAACAAAGCCGCCUCAUGUUAACACUACAAGAUAACAGCUUCUUGUCUAUUGACAAAGUACCAAGUAAGGAUGCGGAAGAAAUGCGGUUGUUUCUAGAUGCAGUCCAUCAGAACAGACUCAAUGCAGCCAUGAAGCCUUCUCAGGGGUCUGGCAGUUUUGGAGCUAUUCUGGGCAGUAGGACCUCACAGAAGGAAACCCACAGGCAGCUCUCUUACUCAGACAAUCAGGCCUCUUCAAAAAGAGGAAGCUUGGAAACUAAAGAUGAUAGUCCAUUUCGAAAAGUUCUUGGUACUCCAGGUAGAGGAUCGAUGAAGACUGCAGCAGGAAAUGGAAUAACUGUCACCCGAACGAUUCCGUCUUUGACAUCUACAUCAACGCCUCUUAGGUCAGGGUUAUCAGAAAAUAGAACUGAAAAGAGGAAAAGAAUGCUGUCUGGCUCGGAGUUGAAUGAAGAUUACCCUAAGGAAAACGAUUCAUCAUCGAACAACAAAGCUAUGACAGAUCCCUCAAGAAAGUAUUUAACCAGCAGUAGAGAGAAGCAGCUGAGUUUGAAACAGUCAGAAGAGAAUAGAACAUCAGGACUUUCACCUUUGCAGUCAUCAGCCUUUUAUGGUAGCAGAUCUGGAUCCAAAGACUACUCUUCUGGCAAUACUAAUCUAGACAGGACUAACAUUUCAAGCCAAACUCCCUCUGCCAAAAGAAGUUUGGGAUUUCUUCCGCAGCCAGCUCCUCUUUCUGUUAAAAAAUUGAGGUGUAAUCAGGAUUAUACUGGCUGGAACAAACCAAGAGUGCCCCUUUCCUCUCACCAACAGCAACUGCAGGGCUUCUCCAACUUGGGAAAUACUUGCUAUAUGAAUGCUAUUUUACAGUCCCUAUUUUCACUCCAGUCAUUUGCAAAUGAUCUGCUUAAGCAAGGUAUCCCAUGGAAGAAAAUUCCACACAAUGCCCUUAUCAGACGCUUUGCACACUUGCUUGUAAAAAAAGAUAGCUGUAAUUCAGAGACCAAAAAGGAUUUACUCAAGAAGGUUAAAAAUGCCAUUUCUGCUACAGCUGAGAGAUUCUCUGGUUAUAUGCAGAAUGAUGCUCAUGAAUUUCUAAGUCAGUGCUUAGACCAGCUAAAAGAGGAUAUGGAAAAAUUAAAUAAAACUUGGAAGACUGACCCUGUUCCUGGAGAAGAAAAUUCACCAGAUGUUUCAGCCACUAGAAUAUAUACUUGCCCUGUCAUUACUAAUUUGGAGUUUGAGGUUCAACACUCCAUUAUCUGUAAAGCUUGUGGAGAGAUUAUUCCCAAAAGAGAACAGUUUAAUGACCUCUCCAUCGACCUUCCUCGAAGAAAAAAGCCACUCCCUCUGCGUUCAGUUCAAGAUUCUCUGGAUCUUUUCUUUAGGGCAGAAGAAAUCGAGUAUUCCUGUGAAAAGUGCAGUGGGAAGUGUGCUCUUGUCAGGCACAAAUUUAACAGACUACCCAGGAUCCUCAUUCUUCAUUUGAAGCGAUAUAGCUUCAAUAUUACUCUCUCACUUAACAACAAGAUUGGGCAGCAAGUAAUCAUUCCAAGAUACCUGACACUGUCGUCUCAUUGCACUGAAAAUACAAAACCACCCUUCACUCUCGGCUGGAGCGCGCACAUGGCAAUUUCUAGACCAUUGAAAGCCUCUCAAAUGGUGAAUUCCUGCAUUACCAGUCCUUCUACACCUUCAAAGAAUUUCCCCUUCAAAUUCAAGAGCUCAUUGGCUUUGAGCCUUGAUUCAGACAGUGAAGAUGAACUAAAACGCUCUGUGGCCCUUAGCCAGAGAUUCUGUGAAAUGUCCUGUGAGCAACAGCAGGAAGAUCUGGAAAAGGAUUCAAAAUCAUGCAGAAUAGAGCCUGAUAAGUCUGAAUUGGAAAACUCGGAAUUUGAUGGAAUGAGUGAAGAAGAGCUUUUAGCAGCUGUUUUAGAGAUAAGUAAGAGAGAAGCUUCACCAUCCCUGAGUCAUGAAGAUGAUGAUAAACCAACCAGCAGCCCAGAUACUGGAUUUGCAGAGGAUGAUAUUCAAGAAAUGCCUGAAAAUCCAGAUCCUAUGGAAACUGAGAAACCCAAAACAGUCACAGAACCAGAUCCAGCCAGUUUUACUGAGAUAACUAAAGACUGUGAUGAGAAUAAAGAAAACAAAACCCCAGAAGGACCUCAAGGAGAGGUUGAUUGGCUUCAGCAGUAUGAUGUGGACCGUGAAAGGGAAGAGCAAGAGCUUCAGCAGGCUUUGGCUCAGAGCCUCCAGGAGCAAGAGGCUUGGGAACAGAAAGAAGAUGAUGACCUCAAAAGAGCUACAGAGUUAAGUCUUCAAGAGUUUAACAACUCCUUUCUGGACUCACUGGGCUCUGAUGAAGACUCUGGGAAUGAGGAUGUGUUAGACAUGGAGUACACAGAAGCUGAGGCUGAGGAGCUGAAGAGAAACGCUGAGACAGGAUAUCUUCCUCAUUCCUAUCGGCUCAUCAGUGUUGUCAGUCACAUUGGUAGCACUUCUUCUUCAGGUCAUUACAUUAGUGAUGUGUAUGACAUUAAGAAGCAGGCGUGGUUUACUUACAAUGACCUAGAGGUAUCUAAAAUCCAAGAGGCUUCUGUGCAGAGCGAUCGGGAUCGGAGUGGUUACAUCUUCUUCUAUAUGCACAAGGAGGUCUUUGAUGAGCUGCUGGAAACAGAAAAGAACUCUCAGGCAUUCAGCAUGGAAGUGGGGAAGACUCGCCAGGCCUCAUGAGGAACAGCCUGCUGGGUUGGCAGUGUGCACUGCAUACUCUCUCUUACUGUCACCCACCUUCCCUCCUCCACCUGCGGAGAAGUCAGAACUCUACUUGAUGCGGGAGCAACAAACAGCUCAGGGCCAAACCAAAAGGCGAAAAUUGCAGUUAUGUGGAAUGCUCCAUGCUAAUUGUUUUAUGGAAACUUUGGUCUCACCUCUAUAAUUGAUUUUCUUCUUUUCUCCUACAAGAGUAGCACUUCUUUUGUCUUGGAAAUUCUUGUUGUAAAUAUAUAUAUGUACAUACAAACAUAUAUGUGGAAUGAAUGGAGCCUUAAAGAGUUAGGAUGAGCCACCAGAGUAUGCCUGCUCAAAAUCAGUAGCACAGCAGUUUAGAGAAGAAGUUAAGUUGUCAAAGAAUCCAUUCACCUGAGCGAUGUGUACAGAUGUACAUAUCAGUUGACAUUUGGCUUUUAUGUUCCUUGAGUAGUUUCACUCAAAUUUCUAAUUUUUCAUGUGUUUCUUAUUAGUAAAGGUCACUGGAAAAUAAGCUCUCCAUGUUACACUAAUGACAGUUUGUCCUCCUUGCAAAGGAGGUGCAUUUCUGCCACCUGACUUGGGGGGCUAAUUUUUAAAAAUUCAUGGACUUGUAAUGCUUUUGCUGUUUACAUGUAGUCCCUAGAAAUGGAUGGUUGUUGGUGCUUGGAAUGUGUUAUGGUCCCACAUUUGGUAUUUAUUAUACACUUUAUAUUUUCUUUAAAAAGAUUCCUUCACAACAGUAUGUUCAUUGUAAAUCAUCUAUAUUACAGUGGUGAAGAUAGAAUGGAGCAAGCAUUAUCCUAACAGAGUUCAAUCAGAACUUUAAAAGGUAGGAAAAUAAUAUUGUCCCCAUUGGGACUCCCCAGCAAGGAUACUUAGGGAUAAGGAGGAAUACUAGGAUCUCUGUCUCUCCGAGAGGACAAGAGGAGUGUUCUAGUGUUAAAGCUAAAACUCUGGACCACUAAGCUGAAAGCCCUGCUACAGUGUGAAUUAAGUGCAUGAGUGUACGAGAGAGCUUAGCAUUUAACCUCCCGCUGCCUGGCUUUGCCCUUACAACAGAGUGGGAAUUCAAGUGUGAUCGGUUUAGGUAAUCCCCAGAACUAAUAUAUAAAGGUGCAUAAUAUAUUUAUCCUACUUUUUAGGUGCUUCGAGUUGAGGUUAAAGGGGGUGCAACAUUAAUUGCUGCAUUAGUUGCUCACCUGACAUAAGCAGCUUGGUUCAGCAGCUUGUGAAACUAUAUAAAGGAUGAGUUUGAGAGUAGAAUUCUGUCCAAAAAAUAAUUCUGUGAGCCCAGGGAUCAUUAGGCUCAUACAGAGUUAAGUAUAGCAAUAUAAAACCUUCAGUACUGUUUCUGGUUUUUUAUUGUAAACAGAUCACUCUUCAGAGGUAGGGAAAAAACUGUUAGCAGGUUUUCAAGGGAAGAAACAGUGUAGUUCAUUGUCACAGAAGAUGCAACACCUUUUCUGGAAAAUUGCCGUAAAAGAGUUCCAGCCCCACUCUUAAGACUUGGAUGUAUUCUGACAUAGUAACCUCUUCUAAAAUUUUGAAUUUUUGGAUUAUAAACGGCCCCCACACUUUUGCUUAACUACUGAUAAAAGCUUUACUUCCUACCACUUACUUAGAUGUUACUCUAAUAAAAGAUCCAAAUGGUAUGGUGGUAGGAUACGCAAGAGUAGUAUAGAGCAGAGGAAAUAUUUGUUUUAAAAGCUAGCUUUUUAUGUUUUAUUUCUACUGGGUAGUUCCUUUUUUUAUUCUUUUUUUUUUUUUUCUUUUUUGAAAAUAACUGGUUUUCUUAUACAAAUGAAGUGGUGAUCAAGUUCUCUAGCUAUUUAUUAUUCCUCUUCCCUGUGUCUGUAUUUGAGAGCCUUGAGAGGUGUUAAAAAUGAUUGGGAAUGAUUUGAAGUGAGGGGUACAUUAGGUUAGGGCAUUAAAAAAAAAAAUUAGGAAACACCACCAUAAGCCUACAUUGCCCAUGAAAUACCCUCGUUGACUUGCUUUUCAUAGCUUGGUUGUGGUUAUGGUUUAGAAUAAUCUUGGCUCAGAAACCUAAUUUGAUUUGAUCUUCAUGUCUUGGGCAGGACUUAUUAGUUGAAUGAAUACAGGUACUGGGAUAGAUGAGUUAAGUUACUUUCUUGUUUUGAUUUAGUGAAAGAUUAAUGACUACAGAUGGAGAUUUUAUCUGGACCAUGUUAAUGGGGUUUAUUGUUUUGUUUUUGAGCUGACUGUAUAUAUUUAAAAAUUAUAAGUAGAUAUUUUCUUAUGUAGUCUGAUCAGUUUGCUCUGAGUCGGGGUUGGGAUGGCAUUUGGUAUGUUGUGCCAGGAAGGGACAACUGAAAUAGGGACAGAGUGCUUCAGUCCCAGGCAGCCUGCACAGAAACUAACUUUCCUAUUGAAAAUACCACAUGUGGUUACAAUUUUCUAAAUGGCAUUGAAUUUGGAACUUGACAGCACUUAGUUUUGCACUCAACUGAUCUUAAUUGGAACUUUUUUGAAAGGGAAAAACAAAUUCAAACUUGAUUCUUAUUGGCUAAUGUUAUAAUGGAGAAUUGGAAGGUUGCAUGUUGUCAAAUGCUCUCUCUUGUCACUUUAGUAGCCAUGGCUAUAAUUUAAGCCUGUGAAAAGAUAGAUUGUUUUGUGGGCAAAAUAUAUGUGUGUGCACACUCAUAAGUUAUGUUUCAGCAAACUAGAAAAGAAGCAAAUCCAUGACUUGUUCUAUUUAUAUUUUUAUUCCAAACGCUGUUUACUUACCAAGGUCUGUUAAUUUCAGGCCUAAUUUAAUCAUUCAAUAGCAAAUAUAACAAAUGUAAGUGUGUUUACAUUUUAAGAACUUACUACCAGCUAACUCUAGGAGGCAAACAGACUACACAAUUCUUUCUUUCUUUGUCUAGUAUAAAAUCCUUCUACAAGAGAAGCUUUAAGAAUUAAAAUCUCAGCAAGUGAAUUCCUGGCUUUGCUUACCCUUCCACACUGCCGUUACCAUUAUAUAACUACAUAAAUACAGCUACAGCUAUAGAUAUAGUUUAUAAUGAAGGUUGUUUGAAAAUAGCUAAAUUAAAGAAAUUCUUGGCAAUGUCUCACUAUAGUUGAGUGCUUCGAGUGCAGAGAGAACAUGUAGAGAGAGCAUAAGGAGAUGGGGUGGAAACAUACAGAAAGAAGGUAGUUUAUAAACUCAUUUGUGAUCUGAAAAGAGAUUAUAUUAAGACAAAUAAAGACAUUACUCUUCUCUGUCCUCUGAAAUGGCACAGUGGAUGCCCUUAGUCACCUCACCAUCUUUUGCCCGGUUUGAUUUAAUUGAUGAUCUUAGGUGGUGUUUUAAGUCAGGGAAACAGCUGGAUCUCCACGUCCAUGUGGAUCUUGUUUAUGUGUGGAGAUUUCUAGAAAACCAACAACCCAGUACCAGUUGCAAGUCACAAGAAAAUGUACCCCCGAAACAGAUGUGUCCUUUUCCUCCCCCCACCUCGCCUUACUCGGAGCCACACUCUUUAUGUGCGCGAAACCAAAUUCCUGGCCUCUUACCGUCUUUCCACUAUGUUACUUCAGAAUCCUGAUCUUGUCUCUACUGAUGGGCCUUAUUAACAUCUAAAAGUGUUUUGUUUUGUUUUGUUUUCUAAUGGGGGAACCGUAGUUUGUUAGGUCUUGAGAGUGUGUGACAGAAUUCUUUUGCUAUGUCUUCACCACAAUCAUUGACUCCAUGGCAUGCUUUAAUUACUAGGCUUCAGGCAGUCUCCUUGGAUGUAUCAUAUUUAUAAACAACGAGUUAAGUUUUCCUUUCCAUGUGUGCUAUGUGUCUGAGGUUUUGAUGUUUUAAUAAAACGUGUGCCAGUAUGAAUACAAGCAGUUGAUAACAUUAGACUUUUGGUAACAAUGGACUUUUCUUAAGGUACAGAAUAGGUGUGUACACUGACAUAAAAAUAGAGCAGAUCGAAGGUCUGGAUCAGAGCCCAAGUUGAUUAGGCCAAAGCAAAGAGGAGCAGUGGACGCGACUGGUCUAUUUCAAGAAUGGGAGGGGGCGUUCGAAGAACUGCACGUGGUUGUACACACUCGGGUCCCAGGUUCCCUUCCUUCUGACUGCGCUGGCCUGUCAGUGUUCGUGUAUGCUGAGGAAAGGAAAACAGAAGGAAGCUUCCGACGCUUUGCCUAGUUGAGCCACUACCAGGUGUGCUGGCAGCUUUGGCCACAUUAUCUGUGAGCUGAUUUUCUUUGUGUUCAGAGUGAUUCUAAAUCUUUAUGUUUUGUUUUGUAUGGAGCGGCACUUUAUCUGUGUUUUAGCAGAACUGUUCCUCUGUAUUCCUUACAGUUUUUCUUUGUUUUGGUUCCUUUUUAAAUUAUGCAUAGAGGGGUUUUUUUUGUGUGUGUGAAAUUAAAGCCUUUAUUAACCUUG